AAUUCUACCACAUCUGAAAGACAUCAGCAAUAUAGAAAUUGGUCACAAAAAACUGCCAUGCCAUUAAGUGGUAGAUCAGCUUCAUAUUCUUCAACUAACUUACAGAAAUCAUUAGUCAAUUGGUUAUAUACAUGGCCAGAUUUAAUUGCUCAAGCUCAAAGUCCGUCUAUAACACAUUUUUCACCAUAUAAGACUAAAGCUGAUAUUUCAGAGUCAAUAAAUAAAGAAACCUUGACAAAUCUAGUUAUAGAACAAUGCAAACUCUUAUUUUUACAUACUAUAUCUAAAGAAUUCAAGACGUUAUAUAAAAAAACAUGCGAAUACUUUGAUAAUUUUCGACAUACUUACAACAAAGAUAUAGCAUCUCUUGCUAAAGAUUUACUUUUUAUUGCUAGUAAAGUCUGGAAGCAAAAACUCAACAAAUAUCUUGAUGCUAGUGACUAUCUUGAAUUCAAGAAGUUUCCGUCUUCACUCAAGUCUCUUGAAACCUUCAUUACUGAAAGUUUAAGAAUCCAUGUCAAAUAUUUGAUGGCAGUUCAAGAUCAAAAAAACCCAUCCUAUUGUGAAGAUAUUUUAGCAAAAGUCAAGAAGCUUGACCAACUCACCUAUUAG